AUCCCCCAAGGUCUGAGCGUUCGAAUCCGAACGCGCCCCUACCGUCUUUUGCCGUCGCGAGUGGAGCAUCCUGAGUGUGCCAACGGUCCUCCGUGAGCCGUCUGUGCUCCCUCUCAGCAGUUCUUCCCUCGAUGCCUUGCUUUACAUGGCGCAUCCCGCCCAUACGAACACCGUCCCGUACUUUUUCCAUCAUCUGCCUCUGAGCUUUGCGCCGAUCCCGAUGCCCGCGUCCAUUGCCUUGCCGCCCGACCCAGCACCGCCAAUGACGCUCUACCAGCCACACGAGCCGCUCCUCGACUUCGAUCUGAGCUUCUCGCCGGCGGUCACGCCGGACCUGCUGCCGGCCAACGCCUUUCUCCUCGAGCCGCUCGACUUGCUCGAGCCGCCCAUGCCCACGUCGUCGCCGUCGUCGUCGUCAUCGUCGUCGCCGUCGUCAUCGUCGUCGCCGUCGUCGGCCACGGCCAAGCCCGCGCGCCCGCGCCUCCGCAACUUCCAGUGCACCCAUCCCGGCUGCGGCAAGUGCUUUGCCGACAAUGCGCAUUUGAAGGACCAUAUGUUUGUGCACACGGGCGAGAAGAGCCUGCAGUGCCCCGAGUGCGACAAGUGCUUUGCCCGCGUCGCGUCGCUGCGCUCGCACCGCCGCGUGCACACGGGCGAGCGCCCGUUCUUGUGCCCCGAGCCCGACUGCGACAAGCAGUACGCAUCGCGCGCGGCCCUCCGCAUGCACGCGUCGCUGCAUGCCGCCGCGGCCAAGAAGAAGCAAGUACCCAAGAAGGCCAGUACGUCGUCGUCGUCGGCCAAACCGUCGACCAUAAAAUUACAAAAAAUUCCCGCGUCGACGACGACGACGCAUCAUGGCCAUGACGCCAACUGCGACGACUGCAGCGACUGCCACCACGGCCGCUGCCGCCAGCUCGCCGACAAGAUCAAGGAACAGCGCCAGGUCAUCCUCGACCUCCAGGCGCAACUGCAGUCCCAAGCCGGGUCCUCCCCGGAAAAGAAGCGUGUCCAGCCCAAGCCGCCACCCGCGUCGAGCCUCGACAAGGAGCCUGUCCUCAAGUCGCCACCGGUUGUGCCCAUGGUGGCGCCCUUGUAUCUCCUCCAAGACGGCAUCAAGCCCUUCAAGUGCAUGCUCGGCUGUGGCCGCGUCUUCUCCAAUUACUUCCAACUCGCCUUCCACGCCAAGCAGCACCCGGAGGCCGAUGCCGCCGACGUGCUCGGUGACCAGCUCCCGUUUCCCGUCGGCCCCAAGUACUGCCCGGUCAAGGGCUGCGAGUUCAGCGAGGAGAGCGGCAAGAGCAUGAAGACGCUGCAGAUCGUCAAGCGGCACUGGCAGCGCGUCCAUCAAAACACGCGCCCGUUCUUGUGCCCCGACUGCCCCUCGCACGCGCAGAAGGCCUUCAAGACGCGUGACAACCUAACGGCGCACCGCAAGGAGUGCAAGAAGCGCGACUCGAAGGCGUCGCCGUCCAAGCGCGCCGCGUCGCCGCUCUCGUCGCCCAAGAAGCGACUCAAGCCAUCUGCUGCGCCCGUCGUCUUAUGAAACGCGCAGCAGUCCCUGUACACGUUCCUGUGUACGCGACUGCAUAUUAGAAGCCUUUUUGGGUAGUUUAUUUUCCUCACGUCCUCGAGUCGUUAGACAUAUUAUUGCACAGUGUAAUAUAUCCUCGG